AUGUCCCCGAGGCUGCCUCCUGGCCCUCUGCCCCUUGGUACAGGUGCCCACUUGGCACAGGUGGCGCUUCGGAUCCGCCCGCUCAGUGACACAGAACUGGAGGAAGGGGCCACCGUCAUCGCCCACAAAGUGGGAGACCAGGUGGCGGUGCUCAUGGACCCCGACGAGGACCCCGAGGACACACUGCGGGCACACCGGUCACGGGAGAAGACUUUCAUUUUCGACACCGUUUUCGACCAGCAUGCCUCACAGGAAGAUGUGUACCGUGCCACCACCCAGCACCUAGUGGAAGGCGUCGUUUCUGGAUACAAUGCAACGGUGUUUGCCUAUGGCCCCUCAGGCGCAGGGAAGACGUACACCAUGCUGGGCAUGGACGCGGAGCCCGGCGUCUACCUGCGGACCCUCAGUGACCUGUUCCGGGCCAUCGAGAUGCGCGGCAGCACGGACUGGGGUGUGUCGAUGUCUUACCUGGAGAUUUACAACGAAGUGAUUCGGGACCUCCUGAACCCGUCCUCGGGGUUUCUGGACCUGAGGGAAGAUUCUCGGGGCAGCAUCCAGAUGGCGGGCCUCACGGAAGUCUCUACCUCUAACGCGCAGGAGAUCAUGCACCUUCUCACCAAAGGCAACCGGCAGCGCACGCAGGAGCCCACGGCCGCCAACAAGACGUCGUCUCGCUCCCACGCGGUGCUGCAGGUCACCGUGCGCCAGCGGAGCCGCGGCUCGGACUUGGCGGAGGGAGUGCGCGUCGGGAAGCUCUUCAUGGUGGACCUGGCGGGCUCCGAGCGGGCGUCGCAGGCCCAAAACCGCGGCAAGAGGAGGAAGGAAGGCGCCCACAUCAACCGCUCCCUGCUGGCGCUGGGCAACUGCAUCAACGCGCUCAGCGAGAAAGGCGGCAGCCGGGCGCAGUACGUGAACUUCCGGGACAGCAAGCUCACGCGCCUGCUGAAGGACGCCCUGGGAGGGAACAGCCGGACCGUGAUGAUCGCGCACAUCAGCCCGGCCAGCACGCACUUCGAGGAGUCUCGGACCACCCUGCUGUAUGCCUACAGGGCAAAGAACAUCAAGACGAGGGUGAAGCGCAACCUACUGAACGUGUCCUACCACAUCGCACAGUACACGGACGUCAUCUCCAACCUGCGCAGGGAGAUCGAGCACCUCAAGUCCAAAAUUGAGAAGCAGGAGGAGGAGAAGAGAGGAGAACCCGGGCAGGGAGACCAUCUAAAUCAUCUACCCAUCAGGAUCCCCUCACACGAUGGAGAGGAGGAUAGCUGCCGGCAGAUGAACAAGAUCCGGGCGCAGCUCGUUGGGGCCUUCAAGGAGCAGUUGGAGAUGCGGCGCAGCCUGGUGGAACUGGAGAACACCAACAUAGAGCUGCACGUUGACAUGUCCCGCCACCUGCUGACCAUUGCAGACCCCGCUCCUCCCUUCCUUCGGUUCCCCACGGUGCCCGUGGCAGUUCAGACCCGGCCUGGUGCCCUGUUGUGCACCUUUGAGGUUUUGCCCUGCGAGGGGGCCAUCGCAGCUAGCCCUCAGAGCCCCAGCUGGGAGCGGGAGAAGGCCCAGCACCUCGUGCACAGGGACAGGACGCCGGAGGGGGACGAGGAGCCGGCAGAGGCGGACGGGGACGAGGGCGACUCCGUGGAGCCGCCUGAGGUGGCCGUGGCCAGAGAGGAGGUCAACACGCUUCUGGCUGAGCAGAGGAAAGCUGCGGCCCUCAAGGCGGGGCUGGAGCAGCGUCUGGCCAGUGCCAAGGAGAAGGCCUCGCAGCUGGAGAAGCUGCUGCCCGCGCAGGCCAGCAGCGAGGACCAGCGGGAGGUGUUGCGGCUGCUGUGCUGGGCCCACGAGCUGGAGGCCGAGAACACGGAGCUGCGGGCCGACGGCCUGCGCAGGAGGAGUCUGCUGUGGCAGAAGGACUUCGUGAUCCAGCGCUACCACCAGCACCGGCUGCUCUGUGAGCAGCUCCUCCGGGACCAGCGGCAGCUGAUCGAGGGUGGCGGCCUCGCGGUGCCCGAGUCCCUGGACGAGCGGUACGGUCUGAUCCUGCGGGAGCUGGGUGCGGGCUCGCUGAACCGGCUGCUGCUGCUGCACUCGGUCAUGUCGAGCUCCCUGCGGGACGGCUUGGUUCUGAAUAAGUCCCCCGCGCCGCAGGAGGAGACUAGCUGGGACUGGCCAGACGACAGGAAGGACCUCCCGUGGGGUGCCCAGUUUGAACUGCCGCUGAUGCUGCUGGAGGAGGACAGGUACCCGAUUCUUCCCUCUCGCGACCCCGCAUCACUGCGCCCUCGCGCCCGGCUGUGGAGUGUGGUGGCCGCCCCCGUGCUGCGUGCUCACGUGGAGGAGGCCUCGCCCCCCUCUCGCAAGGACACGGUCCCCUGCCGUCUGGGUCCCACUCGGAGCAGUGAAGGCCCAGACGCCGUGUUUGGCCGCAGUGCCCAGGCUGAGGCUGUGCCCUUUGGGGCAGGCCCCCUGAGCGUGAAGAAUUUGGUCUCCAAGCUGGGCGCCCCCGCUGGCCUGGACCUGGGUGCCUCGCGGAUGGCAGCGGAGGCCGGCGGCCCGGCCCUGAGCGCUCAGACCCUCAAGGAGAUGGCCAUGAGCACCAAGAGCAUCGCUCUCAUCGCGGCCACCCGGCGCUCCAAGGCGCAGGACCGCGAGGGUGGCAGCGGCCGCUCCUCCCUCCACCUUCCAGAGGACAUGGCCCUGGACUCCAGGGACCCGAGCCCAGCAGACAGGAGGUGGCCCCACGCCAGCCCGGGCCGGGACCGUUCUGCGGAGAAGGCCAGGGGGAAGCUGUCACCCUCCCUCACCUGGAGCGUGCAGACGGUGACGGAGAACCCUCAACCCCCCUCCGUGGAGCACGUGGCCAAGAGCCAGCCACCGCCUGCACCCCUGCCGCUUACGAAGUCGUCCGGAAAGAGCUUCCUCCCUGCCGUCUCCACGGCCUCCAAGAUAAAGCCCAGCCCCAGUCUCCAUGCAGAUGAGAAGGUGCUGCGGAUGCCUGAGGUCACCUUCACCCUCCCCAGCGCCACGUGGCAGGGCAGCCCGGGCCCCCGCAGGACCCCGCUCGCGCCCCGGGACAUCCGAGGUCAGUGCCUGCCCCGCCCCCACCUGCGGAUCGCCCUGUCCCUGCGCACGCGCACCCUGUGGCCACUCGCCACAGGCCCCUGCCACACGGCUGCGGCUGAGCCGGGCCUGGGGGCCACAGGCAUCUGGGACAAAGCCGUCCUUCACACACACUCAGAGCAGGUGCCUGGGGAUGACUGCGGAAUGAGCGGGCGAGUGAUGGGCGGGUGGGGGCGCUGCACUGACGGCUGGAGGCGCGGAGCCCGGGCCCUGGCCUGCGGCAUCCGUGUGCGGUGGGAGCCCGCGGGGUGCACCGUGAGCCGUGCUGAUGUGCACACGCACACUGUGGGCAGCCGAGGGGACGCGGGCGCUGAAACUAACAGGAUGUCAAACGAGAGUGCGGGAAGCUUUACCCAGCACCUAGCCUCACUGCAAGCCUCUGUCACCAGCCUGCGGCCCAGGGAGGUGUAG